GCGGGGCGGGACUCGGCGGCCAGGGAGCCGCAGGGGCGGCGAUGGGGUCCCGCGGCGGGAGGAGUCCGCGGCCCCGGGCGGCGAUGCCAGGAUAGCGCAGCUGGUGCCAUGGUGCGGGCAGCGGCCCCAGCGCUCGGGCUCCUCCUCCUGCGGCUGCUGCAGCUUCUCUCGCUCCCCGCCGCCCGCAGCAGCGGCCCCGGCGGCCCCGGCGACCUCCUGUACAUCUCUGAGUAUUUUUCUCAGAGUGCCCAGAAGCUGUCCUUCUACAGCUGGUAUGGGAACACCAAACUCUUCCGCUUCCAGGUGCCGGAGGACACGGUACUGCUGCGCUUUCUCCUGCAGGCGUCCAAGGGAAAAGGACCUGAGUGCACCAGUAUGGAGAUCACCAUCUACUUCCGUUACGGAGCCCCUCCCGUUAUUAACCCACUGGGCACUCGGUUUCCCUCAAAUGCAACUGUCCGCCCAUCCUACAACCUAACCAUGACUCUAAGCAUCACUCUGCAGAACAGUAUCUUUGUGAACAUCACCAACCCAGCUGCCGGAGACUGGUUCAUCGCUGCACACCUGCCUCAGGCUGCAGGCAAGAUCGAAGUGAAGGGUUUCUCCAUUCCAUGCGCCUAUAUAUUCCAGCCGGACAUGUUUGUGCUGAGACUUGUUGAUGUCCCUGUCCUGCAGCCGGACACUCCCCUGCAGCAAACCAUUGCCUCUCCUGCUAGGCCACUGCAUGUCAAGAUCUUCAUCCCUGAGUACACUGCCACGAUGCAGUUCACACUGCGGAGCUGUGUGGUGAACAGCACAAAGGCUUGUGCCAUCCGGGUCAUGCUGGGCUCCAUCAUGCUGCCACAGUCCUUCCAGAAAACCCUCAGCUGCAAGGGGACAGCGGAUUGCAGCCUGGUCCUCCAUUCGCCCCCAUGGGAGAAGUGGCUGCAGAUCAUGGCAGAGAAUCUGGACACCACCAACGCCAGCAUCUCCUUUGAGAUGAUUGCCUCCUUCACAGCUUGCAAGCCGGGGAGCACCAAUUUAUUCCUUAACUUCUACAACAGCCUGAAUCAGAGCCAGAGCACUCCAGCCCUGGGCGGGGGUCGCAAUGCCAGCACCCUGGGAAUGUUGGGGAACACCACUCUACUCGCAGUGAGUGCUGCAAACAAUGCAUCCAACCCAGGGACCUUCUGCGUCCAGAAUCAGCCCGUCAUCCGUGAGGACCUGGACGUUGCCUCUGUGAGGUUCAGAGUUAUAAAUGGGCCCAGCAUUCCUGUCCACUCUGAAUUCCCCACGCUUCUCCUCUUCAACUUGAAUACUGGCAUGGACAGUGGAGGCACCCUGGUGGUGAACCUGCUGCUGAACGAGACUUCCCUGAGCAUAGGCAAUGCUAGUGUGUUCGCGUGCAUGAGUGCUGCCUCUCCAGUGCUGACCCUCAAUACCACACAGAACUGCAGCACAGCUUUUUUCCAGGGCUACCCUCUGAACGUGACUGGGUCCUCCACAGAAGCAACGCUGAUUAUUCCCUACCCAGAGACUGACAACUGGUUCCUUUCCCUGCAGCUCAUCUGCCCACGGGGCCAGGGAGAAUGUAACAAAGCGAAAGCCAAAGUGACCGUCUCCACAUACCUCACCCCCUGCUUUGACGACUGUGGAACAUAUGGACAGUGCAGUCUUCUGAGAAGACAUGGCUACCUCUACGCCGGCUGCAGCUGUAAAGCUGGUUGGGGUGGAUGGAGCUGCACUGAUAACACUAAAGCCCAGUCUGUCGGCUCACAGAAUCUGGCCACCCUUCUUCUCACGCUCAGUAACCUCAUGUUCCUGCCAGCCAUUGCAGUUGCUCUGUAUCGCUACUACCUGGUGGAAGCCUCUGUUUACACCUACACCAUGUUCUUCUCCACGUUCUACCAUGCGUGUGACCAGCCAGGAGUUGCUGUGAUGUGCAUCAUGGAUUACGACACUCUGCAGUACUGCGACUUCCUGGGCUCCGUAGUCGCCAUUUGGGUGACGAUCCUGUGUAUGGCCCGAGUGAAGAAAAUCUUAAAAUAUGUUCUCUUUGUGCUGGGGACCCUGUUAAUUGCCAUGUCCCUGCAGCUGGACCGCAGAGGGAUUUGGAACAUGAUGGGCCCCUGUCUUUUUGCUCUCAUCAUCAUGAUCAUGGCAUGGGUUUACCACGGAGUGAAGCGCCGCCAUUGCUACCCCACCUCAUGGAAGCGCUGGGUUUUCUACCUCAUUCCAGGGAUCACCUUGGCUUUCGUCGCCAUCUCAGUGUAUGCAUUCAUGGAAACCAGUGACAACUACUACUACACGCACAGCAUCUGGCACAUCCUGGUGGCCAGCAGCGUGGCUUUCCUACUCCCGCCUUGUGAUAAGCAUAAGAAUCCCUGGGCCUGGUCACAGAAGCUCAUCUGUCGCUAUCAGAUAUGCAAAAAUGACCGUGAGGAGCUCUAUGCAGUGACCUGAGUCGGGCUGGCAUGCAGGGCCACAGGCCAGUGGGAUGGAGGACUUGCUUGGGCCCCCCUUCUCCAGACGAGUGAGAACUGCCACCUGUGCAUGCUCAGAACUCAGUAGUGUUUUUGCUGGCUAGCCAGGGCAGCACAAUGGCAGGAGCAGGUUUGACUGCAGAUGCUAGGCCUCUGCCUUUGGGGAAAAUGGGGACAAGAAGUCCCCGCACCCCUCCACGGGAUAGGGAGAGGCUUCUAAUGUGUUUUAUAAAGAAAGGAAUAGCCUGCAUCCACGUGCCACCAAAAAGCCAAGAGCUCCAUUCCUUCCAGCCAUGGCAGCUGGUCUGGGGCUCGCUGUUACCUACCAUAGUGAGGUCUCUGGCACCAGAGCUCCUCUCUAGAUGCCAACUCCUCGCAGAGGGCUCCAGGAUGGUGCCUGGCUUUGUUUCCACUAGGAGUUCCUGUGAUCUCACCUCCCUUUGCCAUGGAAAGGGCAACUACCCCAGCUGUGUAUUAGCUGGAGCCGGUGGCCUCCUUCAGCAAGGCAUGUCUGUCUCAUCUUGGCGUUACUGGGGAGCUGCAGGGGUGCGGUGGGCUGCCCAUCCCAAAGCAAAACUAUGGAAAUAGAGGCACAUUGUGCCCAUAUAUUCUAGAAUUAGCUGCCCCUUUGCCCAUCUCCAUAAUAUGCUCAAGGGUUUGAGUCCUUCACAUCCAGCUUUGCAUUGGGGGAAUAAUAACUGACGUGGAAAUUCUGCCACUGAAACAAGAACCAAACCCCAGAUCAGGCUACUGUUUUCACUCCUGUUUCUAUCAAGUGUCAGGUCAGCAGCUGCUGGAGUUUGUUUAAAUGCCUUGGCGGCUAUAGCAUCCACAGCUGAGAUCAUGUCCAGGGCCGUCCUUACCCAUACGCAAAGUACGCAACUGUGUAGGGCACCAGGAAAUUUCCUGGUGCCCUGUGCAGCUGCGUGCUACUCUAGCCCCUGCUCCAGCUCUUCCGCAUGGCCCCUUCCCUGCCCCAGCCCCGGCUCUUCCCGGCCCCAGCCCCACUCCCCUGAGGACUCCAGAAGCAGUCAGGCCUGCACCCACCGGUAAGUAGAGCAACCCGGCCCCAGCCUGCUCCGCUCCCCUGGCUCCCAGCCGCGCUGCCGGCGAGUGCUGGGGGGCAGUUCCCCCCUCCUCCCAAGGCUGGGAGCCAGG